AUAGAUUUUACAUUUGAUUAUGGUCUUGAUUAUUGUGGAAUUCGAACAUUUCGUGAGAGAGGGUAUAUGUUUACGGGGAUUGAACGUCCUUGUUAUAGAAUAAUGCUUGUGGCGUGUUAUUGGACCAAGGGUGAUAUCGAGCUUGUGAAAGAAUUUUACGAACGAUUGAGAUUUCAUAGGAUCGUCCCAAGUUCAUCUAUGAUCUUUUAUGCAUGUUUGAAUGAACCUCAGACAGCAAAUUGUUUCCUUCUUGAAUGUAAUGGUAUAGAUGAUUUAAACAAGAUUGAUCUUGUAAAAAAAAUUUCUGGGAAAUCUGGUGGUAUGGGUGUAACUUUAUCGAACGUUCCUUCUUCUGAAUUUUUAAAAGUUGCGAUGAUGUUGAAUGAAAUUGGAGCUAAAAAGAUUGUGGAAGGAAAUAAUAAGCGUGCUGGAUCUAUUUCAGUUUCAGUAGAUGUUUAUAGUAUUAAUGUACUCGCGUUGCUUGGUCUUCGUCUGAAUAUCGGUGAUGAGUCUACUCAUGCUCCAAAUCUUUAUACUUGUGUGAAUUUAUGCGAUUUGUUUUUCGAACGUUUUGAUUCCGGUAAGAUGUGGACUCUUUUUAAUCCUUCUGAUGACGGUGUAUCCAAAUUAUCGCAACUUUAUGGUGAUGAGUUUAAAAAACAUUACUUAUCACUUGAAUCAAAAUAUCCUGAUGCUAAAAAGAUCGAUCCGGGACAAAUAUUACACAAUAUUCAUUAUUCAUCCUCUCAAUCUGGUUUUCCGUAUGUCAUUUCCAAAUAUCAAAUGUUUAGAACGUCUAAUUUAAAACAUUGCGGUCAGAUAAUAACAAAUUUAUGUACUGAGAUAUGUGAACCUGCUGGUAAAGACAUGUCUUCCGUUUGUAAUUUGUUGAGUUUGGAUCUUGCCAGUUUUUUAAUUGAUGGAGAAUUUGACUGGGAAGAAUUUAGAAAAUGUGUUGAACUUUCCGUAAUAGCCUUGAAUAACGCGAUAGAUUUGAUGUAUUAUAUUGAUGAAACAACUAAGAGACCUAAUCUUCAAAAUAGACCUAUCGCUAUAGGAUAUCAAAAUUUAUCCGUUAUCCAAGCUUUUUCAAUCUAUGCGUACGUAUAUCACAUUGUUCUGUUGAAGCGCAUGGGACGUAAAUUUCCUACUUAUGAGGGAUGUGAUCUCAGUAAGGGAAUUUUACAUUUUCAACAUUUUAAAAAAUCCGAUGGUUCUUUUAUUCAAGAUGAGGAUACGGUGUUUCCUGAUGAAUUUAAACAACUUCGAGAAGAUAUUUUGAAACACGAGAUAUCAAUUAACGCUUAUGCUGAUCGGGCAUUAUCGAACGAAUUUUUCGUUUAUAAUAAAUAUCUUUAUGACGUUUUGAAGAAAGAAGGAUUUUACGAAGAUGGAAUAUUUAGGACUAUAGCUUUAUCCAGGAGGGUCUUGAUGGAUAAAGGAUGUUUUCAAAACUAUGUGGGAAGUAGGUCUUUCAUUAUACAGCACCUUGGAAUGCAUCGUGACCGUAUAAUAUUCAUAGAUCAUUCGGCGAGUCUUAAUCUUUAUCUUUCUAAAAGUAUGCACGAUAUAGUUAUUGAUGAGUAUUACAGAUUGAAUAACGACAUAACACGUAAACUUUGGAAGUUAGGAGUUAAGACUAUCAAAUAUUAUGGUCAGUUGGAAAUUUGA